AGUUCGGUCACGUUUGGCUUUAAAGCAAACUAAGUUGAAACUAAAGGAAUUUAUAACCGGAAAUUUCGGAAGCUGUUGGAAGAUGCGUUUAUCACUUCUAUUACUUAUCGUCGCGCUCAGUGUGGCAUACAGUUAUUCACUUCCUGUGAAUGAAGAAAAUGUCCAGGAUGAAAAAGUGAACACUUUGCUAAAUCUUGCCGAUCAGGGAGAAGCUCAUGCCAAUGAGGGCACUCGAGAGGCACGCGGUUUUGGCGGCGGCGGCGGUUAUUGUUGUGGUGGUGGAUAUGGUCGAGGUGGCUACGGAGGAUAUGGUGGAUAUGGACGAGGAGGCUAUGGUGGAUACGGUCGUGGAGGCUAUGGGCGUGGUGGAUAUGGUGGAUAUGGCCGAGGUGGUUACGGAAAAUAUGGCCGAUGAGCCGCGCGCACUCUAAACAUUUGUUAAACGUUUAUUAAUCCAGCUAAAACAAUGUGUUACUGAAAAAAAAAUCAGAAAAGUGGAUAUAAUGAUAUAUGUACAUAAAUGUUUUCAAAAAGUGAAUAAUUAGUA